AUGGGCUGCGUGGACCGCGGCGACCUCUUCGGAGACCUCCAGAUGUCCCAGAUCUCAGAGGAUGAGUUGGAUGUCGCCGGCUUGGGCUUGGGCGUUGCUGGUCUGGAGGGAAGUGGUUCAGAUUGCUCAGAUGUUUCGGGAGAGGGGGCAUUUGGGUCCGAGCUUUUCGAGGAAGAAGAGUCGGAGUCGGAGGGCUGCAGUUCCGGGGAUGGUUUGCAGAUUGGGAUGGUUUCAGAUGGACCAGGGCCUGCGUUUCCGGAAGCCCUUCACCUGGCCCGCCGCCGGAAUUCCUUCGACUGCGGCUACGACGAAGACGGCUCCUUGAGCGAGUUUUUGGGGACCUGCCGGGCCUCGGCGCCUGGGCGGGGCAGGAUCCUUCGAAGGCAGCUGCGACAGCAGCUGCGAGAGCAGGCUUCCGGCGUGCUGAACCUGGAGAUCGACUCAGGCGACCGAAGCGUCUUUUCCUUCCAUGGCCUGGCUCAGGGGUUUCCCAACUUGAGGCAGUUGUUGUACAAGACCACGGACUGCCUCCGCGUCAUCUACGAUUUGCGCGGCUUCGGCUCCUGCCGGAACCUUCGGAGCCUAAAGCUGCAGCUCUCCUUCCAGACCAUGUGUGAGGAGGAGCCGGCCCGGUGUGGGGUCACCGCUCUGAAGCCUUUGGCAGAAACCUUGGAGGUCUUGGAGAUUGGGCGGCUGCGCUUCAACGUGGCUGAGGAUCUCGAGGUGCUUCAGAGCUUCCGCCAGCUGAAGGUGUUGAAGUACGAGGGUGUCAACGAGGGUAGCAGUGAGAGCAGCAACGACGCCCCAGGCUCCAUCCUGGAUCUCCGACAACUCAGCGCCCUGCAGGAGCUGGAGUUCACCGAAACCUCUUUCACAGCGCCUCGCGAAACCGGCCAGGGCACCGCCGCAAGUGAAGAGGACAGCUCGGAUGAUGAGUGCUGGAUGUGUCCCAGGCCCUCGUUGCAGGUGCUGAUGCUGCCAGAACAUCUCAAGAGCGUCACCUUCAAGCAUCAGUACGGCUCCCGCAUCACGCCUGCCUUGCGCCGGCUCCUGCGGCAGCAUGGGUGCUCUUGCCAGGAGUUCGUGCCAGAGGACAUGGUGGGGAGGGGCACUCUGAACUUCGUGGGCGGCUUCAAGCCUCAGACCGGAGCGCAAAUCGAAGCGAAGGAGGAGGCUGAGAAGGAAAAGCGGCGGCUUCGCAAAGAGGAGCUCAGGGCAAAGCAGGAUCAAGCCCGGGCCAUGGCCUUCGCGCAGGUGCCGGGGCUCUUGCCCUCCAGCGACACGGGCUUCGAGAAGGGCGAGGAGGUCUACAUCUUUGAGGAGGGCUCCUUCCGGCAGGGCACAGUGGAGAGGAAACCCAAGAAGAGCACCAGCUCCGUCUGGGUGCAGCCGAAGUAUCCGGGUCGCCGAGGCUUCGGCUUUCAAGGGCUUCAACCCUUCAACCCAAUGAGCAUCCUUCAUCCCAGCUGCGUGUUCCGGGAGCUUCCCGUGCUCGAUUCCCUGCAGCUCUGCGGCGGAGGCGAAACUCAGGUGUGGCGGCACAAGCCGAGCAUGGGACCACCUCCUGCGAAGCGCCGCCGCUGCGAAGCGAGCGAGCCGACCGAAACGAGCAGAAUGGCGAUCUGCGAGACCUGUGGGAAGCAGCUGAGAUCUGUGCAGGGCCUGAAGCAGCACAGGAGGGACAAGCAUGGAGAGGUGCUGGGGAUCUGA